GCGGCGCUCACGAGCGUGCUCGGGCCAUGGCUUCUCGACAAUUACAGGUCCUACAUGGACAUGGGCCCCGGCGGGCUGCCCUACAACGCCUACGGCUGGUUGAUCGCGGUGUACCGCAAGUCGUUCAGCCGCGAGACGCGCUCGACGGCCGCGUACGACGCGGACCCGUACAAGGAGGCGUUCCUCACCGAGGCGGACCGCGCUUUCAUCCCCGAGCGGAGGGGCGACAGGCCGGCGACGACGUGGCACGUGUUCCCGUCGCGUCAGCUGGAUAGGUUUUCGCCGCCUGAGGUCCAGCCGCUUUUGGUUGAAGCUUUUGAUAAAAUCGCAGCAGACAAUGCGCACCUCAUCAGCGUCGUCCCUUCUCGUUUCGAGCGCCUCCACCCAGCCAUCGUGAUCGGUCUGUCGCGUACCUUUGUACAGAAGGCCUCGCACAAGGCACGGGGCGAGAUCUGCCACAUCCACCGUGGCAAGGAUUUCUCGCUGCACAUCUGCAUGGCGUCUCAGGACUGCAAGCUCGUCAUCGAGCGCGGAUGGGGCGAACGACACCCUCUAGCAGGCUCCCAUUUCCUUCCCAAGGAGUAUAUGAUGCUAUAUGCACCCCGAAGCGAGGAGGAAGUGGAGGUCAUCAAGCGCUGUAUCAAGGCCGCGAUUGGCUUCAACUUGAAUACCCAUGAUGUC